AUGCUUCAUCGUCGUGGGCACAGAAUUCUAAACAUCAUUAUAUCAAUAUGUCUGUUCGGCUUAUUUGUCGUUAUCAUGAGGGGACCGUCCACGGACAGUAUUCUUUCGGAAACGCCUUCAUUCCCUGCAAUUCCUGACAUUAUUAUUCGAACCACAAAAGAAUUGGAAGCCGAUUUAGUCAAUGAUUCUGUGGCUGAUUAUGGCAGUGAACAGGACAUGUCCUUGUGGCCAUUUAAC